GGGCCCCGCCUUUGAUCUCGUUGGUGGGGCUAGGGGGGGUGAUAAGAACUGCACCGCGCGGGACAAGUUGCUGGCGGCGCCUGACGGAGCAGCUCGUUCAGGCCUGUCUCGUCAUGUGACUCACCCUCUCCCGAGGCGGCUGCUGCAUCCCUGUGUCCUCAGGCCAGCUCUUCUGGAGGCUUAUGAGUGCCCUGCUAACGAAGACCCAGCAUGGAGUUGGAGAGGAUCGUCGGCUCAGCCCUCCUCACCUUCGUUCAGGCACACCUGCCAGAGGCAGACCUCAGUGGCUUGGAUGAAGUCAUCUUCUCCUAUGUGCUUGGGGUCCUGGAGGACCUGGGCCCCUCAGGACCAUCAGAGGAGAACUUUGAUAUGGAGGCCUUCACUGAAAUGAUGGAGGCUUAUGUGCCUGGCUUUGCCCACAUCCCCAGAGGUAUAAUAGGAGACAUGAUGCAGAAGCUCUCGGUGCAGCUGAGCGAUGCUAGGAACAAAGAGAACCUGCACCCACAGAGCUCCUGUGUCCAAGGUCAGGUGCCCAUUUUUCCAGAGACCCCGAGGCAAGCUGAAAAGCUCGAAGAAGAGAGCAGGCCUCCCGCUGCUCCCGGGAACACCCUAGAUGAGGCAGCUGCGGCAGAAGAACUGCCAGGAGUCGAUGUGCUCCUGGAGGUCUUCCCUACCUGCUCUAUGGAGCAGGCCCAGUGGGUGCUGGCCAAAGCUCGGGGGGACUUGGAGGAAGCUGUGCACAUGCUGGUAGAGGGCAAGGAAGAGGGGCCUCCAGGCUGGGACGGCCCAAGUCAGGACUUGCCCAGGCGUCUCAGAGGCCCCCAAAAGGAUGACUUGAAGUCUUUCAUCCUUCAGAAGUACAUGAUGGUGGACAGGGCGGAGGACCAGAAGACUCACCGACCUAUGGCUCCCAAGGAGGCCCCCAAGAAGCUGAUCCGAUACAUCGACAACCAAGUAGUGAGCACCAAGGGAGAGCGAUUCAAAGAUGUCCGGAACCCUGAGGCCGAGGAGAUGAAGGCCACAUACAUCAACCUCAAGCCGGCCAGAAAGUACCGCUUCCACUGAGACAGUGCUGGAUCCUGCCGAGCACUGCUGAUCCCAGAGGGAUGCAGACACCCUCCCAUCCACCCUGUCCCUUCUGGAGGCCCUUGCUCUAGUGUUCUAUUCUUGGGGCUUCCUUCAAGAGCACAGUAAAAGUGGUCCAAGGAAGGUAUAUGCUCAUUCUGCUCAUUUCUGCCCCCAGGGCAGGGAAAAAACCUGUCUCUCUGACUAGUUCCCAGCUUCCCGUCCCCUAUGCACCACGCAAGAAGGGGUAAAAAGCUCUUUAUUUGAAAUUCCAGGGUGGGACAGGGGAUUUCACAGGCCUGUCAACCACAGGCCCCCACAGUUCAGUUUCCCUAUGGCUCAGGGUCAAGCCCGGGCUACACAGUCCAGCUGUGCUCCCACCCCAAGGAAAGUUAGUCAGACCUGUAGGUUGACAAAGGGUGCGAAGCCUGCCAUGUCCUGGAGUAGCACCAGAGCCUGGUGCAGGGGUGGUUCCACGUCGAUGUCCACACCACGCUUCCGCAAGCGGCUCAGGCUCGGUUCAGCCACAUGGUGGCAGUGCCGCACCCGCAGAGAGCGCAGCGCCGGGCAGUACUCGGCCAGUGUCCUGAGGGAGGAGUAUGGUGAUGCUAGGUGCUGAAUCUCACGGUCUGGAGGGCCAGCCCUCUAAACCCGCAGCUGGCUCCAGCAAGUUCUAGCUUUCCCUCCAGCUCAGGGUCUGCUCUUUUUUACUGUACCUAAAGGAAGGGGCCAGGAAGGAAUUACAGACUCCAGGCUCAUUUGGGGUUUCUGGUUCUUAGAGAGUACCAAUCCAUAGUUCCUUCCAGUGUUUCUAGAUUACCCACCUUGUUGCAGAAAUGCCAGAAAUCAACUUUAUGUGACAUUUCUCAGUGUGUC